AUGUGCGGAUACUCGGCGCGCAAAGUGACAAGGAGCAGGCGCGACAUCGUCAACACCCAGCAGAACCUGUCGACGUUCUUCAGCUCGCUGCUGUCCGGCACCGAGAUGCGCAUGCCGUCGACGGAACAAGGCGAAGUUGUCGCUGCCCGUAUCGCUCCCGCCCUCACCGACCGACCAGGACUCGCCCAACAGCUAGCGAAUCUCUGCACGCGGGCUUUUGCGAACGAGUCGAUCUCUCCUGAAGACCUGAUCGACAUCCUCUCGCUUAAGGAAAACAACAACAAGCACGCGAGCGACGUUGCCGCUGCUCUCGACGUCUUGUUGCGAGCGAAGGACCUGCCGGAUGCUCGUUCAAGGGUCGCGCUCGAGAGCCUUUGGCGGCGAGUGUACAUCCAGAAUGACUGGGCGGCACUGCGAUCUUCAGCGGGCGUGAAGGACGAGGAGAUGGCCGCGGCUCUACGCAACACGGCUUUCUACGCUAAGCUUGCGGCAGCUCGCAAGUCUCGUCAACCGCAAGACAUGCUCCUCGAACCGUCCCGCAGCUUCUCUUCCGCGACACCCGACGAGCUCGCCGCUCGCUUCGCCAACCUGCCAUCCUCGAAAGUCGACGCGGUGCUCAGCGAAUACGGGCAGGAAGGCCGGUUGCUGAACGAGGCGAUGCAAGCCGGGUUGGAGGCGUGUUGCAAGGAGUGUGUGCGGCUGUCGGACGAGGAGUAG